AUGGUAAAAAAGCUUCGUGAAGAUUGUAAAACUCAACGCACACAAAUUCAGGUUACAACUACGGACGGUGAUCCAUCAACUUGGCCAGAAACAGACCUUCGUAUAAGAAGUGGAUACUACGCCUUUUUCUAUUAUGAGGUCGUUGAAGAUAGUCCAAUUUAUAGACAAUGGAUGGAAACCCUUGGAGAUGCUAUUUCAAACAAAAAAGAAAACAAAGAUGAAUCUUUUAUCUUACAAGGAUUCCCUUCCGGGUACAAACUUUUUUUCCACGCGAAAUAUCCGGCAUCAUCACAAAUUAAUCGUGUAUCCUUACCUAUGACCGCAGUACAUAAUACUGCUGAAAAUAAUGGAUUAAUUGAACGGACUGACAUAUACUUAUUUGGAUUACCUAGUGGAAGACGUUUCAGAUCGAAAAAUGAAUUUAUACCACACUUAAAAUGGUUACAUUCGGGGAAAUCAGGAAUUUGUGAAUGUAAAUAUUGCAAUAGAUCGACCAGAAAGAAUAAUCAGUUUACACAAAAGUUGUGUAUAAAGUCUACCACCACCAAACAUGUUUCGAAGUACUCUUCCAAGGAUUUUAAAGUCAUUAAAGAGGUCAAAAACAAAGAAAAGGACAAAGAAAAGGACAAAAUCUUGCGUGCAGAUUUGGAUCGUGCAACCUUAUCGAUUCUUUUUGGUCCAGUGUAUCGUCCCAAAGAGAUCGUUUGGGUUGUUGGACCAAAUCAAACUUUGGUGAGUCAUAAUCCUGACGAAUCACCUAGUGGAAGGAAUAUUGAAGAAUUUUAUAAUUGGCCAGGUUAUGUGAUGAGCGUUCAUGAACGAGGGGAAAGAUCUUCGGAUUUUAAACUUAUUCGUGAGACAAUAUACGAAAUACAAAUAUUGGCAUUGGAUAGAAUAAAAUAUUACCCAGAAUCAUCAUUAAUCCCAUGGAUCGCACGUAAUGCAAAUGCUGCUAUGACAAGCCCCGGUGCUGACCCACUCAUAGAUGUACUUUUUAGUGAGUCAAUCAAUAUUGGCGUUGCUUGUCAAAGAUCGUACUUAAUGCAAAACGAAUAUAAAUUCAAAGUAAGCAAUGAAGUAAUCGCAUCAACCGAAGAUAAAGUGCAAAAAAAAAGGCUUAGAAACGCCAAGAAAUGCCCGCAUUAUGAUGAAAUGAUAUUCGGAAACGAAAUAAUUCGUUCAAAUGAUUUGAUCAGAUUGACCGUUGAAAAUGAAGAUGAUGAAGAGUCCAGAUCUUUGUCUUCAUCAUUAUCGUCGAAUAAAUUUCGGGAGAUGGAAUUAUUUAGAAUUUGUACCAUGUAUAGACUUGCAAACGAUCGUAUCCAAUUUACGGGUGACUUAUAUUUUAGGAAAGAUGAAAAUGAAAAUAUUAAGGAUUUGGGAAUGAGUGAGGAUGAUGAAAGGUUGCAAGGGAUUCUGUCUAUUGGAAAGUACAAAUAUGUUCCAAGAAAUUUUCCACAGGAAGAAUAUACGGUUGAUAUAGAAGAUCUUGCAGGUCGAUUUUACAUAGACUGGGAGGAGCUUACCGGGGUGAUGACUCCUACUGAUGAAAAGCAUUCCAAAUUCCUUGAAGGUUAUCUUAAUGACAUCAAUGAUCGAAUGCAAAUUCAGGGGGAAACGAUGCCAACAUUACAUUUCGAGAAUCAUGAAGCGACACCAAUAUUUCAGUUCGAGAAUCAUGAAGCGACACCAAUGUUGCAAUUAGAAAAUCAUGAUAGUUUUGAUGAUGAAUCAGAUUCACAGAUGAGUGAUGUGGAAUGUUUAAAUGAGGAUUCAUUUUUUGACUUUAGUGCGAUGGACGAUGAGAAUGAUACGGAUGAUGUUGAACUUGAUCUUAAAAUGAUGCAUCAAAAUUCAUUGCAAAGACCGUUCGGUUUAGUUAUAGACGAUAUAGACGCAAUGGUCGAUGAGACAGUCAUAAAUAACGUUGAACUUGAUCUUACAACGAUACAUCAAAACUCAUUGCCAGGAGAUGAUGUAGAGCUUGACCAUGCUAUGUUGCAUCAAAAUUCAUUGGUAAGAUCGUUCAGCACUGUGUCUUUAGACUUAAAUGAGAAUGAGAUGGAAAAUGGGACGGACAUCGAUAACAUAGAACUUGAACUUACAAUGAUGCAUCAAAAUCCAUUGCGAUCUUUCGGGAUUUAUGAACACGAUCAACAUGAGGCAAUAUUUCCGGAAUUACAACCAAAGCAAUCCAAGGUUGAAUAA